GGAAGCAAGAGCGGCAGCUACUUUGGCAAUGGCUUCGUGUCCUUGUUUGAGGACGAGGUAGUCCUGUGCGGCGAGGGCAGGUUGUCCGAAGGCAUAUACCACUUUAACUUUGAGCUUGAGUUCCCUUCCAAGGGUUUGCCCAGCAGCAUCGACUUUGAGCGCGGAACCAUAUCCUACAUGCUCACUGCCACACUAACCCGCCCCACUACCAUUUCUCCAACUGCUUCGUGUGACACCAAGGUCUACCUCACCGACACUAUUGACAUUGCGCCGGUUCCGCAACUGAAACCCCGAGUCAUAUCGCUCGAACCCAUAUCCCGGAGGACGCGCAACAAGUCGCGAAAACAGCCAGUCGAGGGAGCACCGCAAACACCCAACGGCACCAACCCCGGGCCACCCGCAUCUACCUUGGACUCAGGCUUGGCCGACGACCCCGACGGCCCUCGGAGUCCUUCGGCAAGCGACGUGAGUUACGGAAGCCAGAGAAGCAACGGAAACGCUUCUGGGACCGAAUACGGUAUUCGCUCCAUCAACACUGUUACAGACGGAUCAGCCUCGCAGAGUGGGGCCCGAACAGCCCCCAAGGGCAAAACCAUCACAGCCACCAUUGAUGUACUCAAGGGAGGAUUCCUUCGAGGCGACCAAAUACCAAUCAAAAUCACCGUCAACCACACAAAACACAUUCGAAGCCUGAAAGGCAUCAUCAUUACCCUGUAUCGCCUCGCAAGAGUCGACAUGCACCCUGCGCUGCCCGUUGCUCCCAACAGCAAGGGCGACAAGACCAAGUCGGAAGAGUACUACCCAAAGUCCAGGACCGGCCUUGGAGGGCUGUCGCUUUCCUCGGCCGGCUCGAGCCAUACGUUUCGGAAAGAUUUGUGCCAAUCCUUUGCACCCCUGUUUGUCGACCCCAGGACUCUGAUGGCCGAAGUGAAAUGUUCAGUGCGCGUGCCCGACGAGGCUUUCCCAACAAUAUCAAAUGUGCCAGGGGCAAUGAUCUCGUUCAAGUACUACGUUGAAGUGGUCGUGGACAUCCAGGGCAAGCUGACAGGACUCGACCGAAUGGUUGCCAAUGCUGGUCUUGUCAAUGUGCCUUCUGCUACUGGUGGCUUGGCCACAGCAGGCGAUGACGCCUCGGGUGGCAUGUUUUCAACAUGGGGUGGUGUCUUUGUCGAUACUGAUCAGAUACGCCGUGAGAAGGGCAUUGUGACUGCUCUGUUCGAAGUUGUCAUCGGCACAAAAGACAGCGACCGGAACGGCAAGAGAAAACAGACACCGGGGUACCACAAUCACAAUGGCCCUUACGGUCACUACCCGGGCUACGCCGAUCCAAACGGAGAGCAAGAGUACGAUCCGUACUAUUAUGACUACGACGAAAAUGGUCAGUACUACGACUACGGCUACGAUCAGGGAUAUGACGGUGUUCCUGGAUACGAUCAUUACGCUCCAGGGACAACGGUAUCGUUCCAGGUGCCUGCAAGUGUACCUGAAGAGGAACAAGAAAUAUCAGAGAAAGAGAGACUGCGGCGAGCAGAGGAGCGUCUGCUGCCCUCGCAACCACCGCCCGCUGCUGGUCCAUCCAUGCCUUCACGUGGUGGCCAGCAAAGCAUACCAGCUUCAGCACCAGUGCUGCCCGAGGAUGAUGAUCCUCAUCCUCCCUACAUGGCACCUUCAUCUUCCACUUCAACGUCCACUCCAGUUCAGCCUCCUCCACCGUUUCGGGCUGCGUCGUCGCCGAUACUAUCCUCGCGCUAUCCGCCAGCAAAUGCUUUGCAUCGUCGGGUCACGAACCCAGGCGACAAUGAAGCGGGAUCUUCACGCACUAUACGGGCGGGCCCCCAGGGAUCACCCGUCAACAGCAAUGAGAACGAGACACCUAAACCAUUGCCUCCGCUGCCACCACAAGGCCCCGCACCAGAGUACCUGGCCUCGUCAUCGCAUGUAGAGCCCACCGAUGACAAGCAGGAGCUGCAACGGCGGAGAUUAGAGUUGGAGAGAAGCGCGCCGCCUACAGACCAAGACGAAGGCGAGUCGGUGAACGGUGGUUCAUCCCGGCCAUUCCACAUGCAGCCGGGCGCACAAUUAGCACCAUCAGCACCUAUGCUCAACGAGGAUGAUGAGGACCUGGUGGGCGCGGUCCGUCCUGGUCGAAGUAGACCGGAUGCAGCAGAGGGAAGCAGUAGAAGGCAAAGCGAGGCUUUGCCAGAGUAUCGAAGAUGA